AUGUCCCAGCAAGAUCCGGCGGUCCCUAAAACGGUGGCUGUUAGCGACGUGCAGCUGCUGCUGAAGAAAAAAGAUGAAAUUGAAGCUCAGAUUAAAGCUUAUUAUGACGUGCUGGAAGAUCAAAGAGGAGUUGGGAUGAACGAACCGCUAGUGGACGUUGAAGGGUAUCCACGUGCCGAUAUCGACGUCUACCAAGUCCGGACAGCAAGACACAACAUCAUCUGUUUGCAGAAUGAUCACAAGGCCUUGAUGCGGGAGGUCGAACAGGCCCUCCACCAGCUGCACGGCCGUGAGAAGGAGAAGCGUGAGAAAGAUGAGGCGGAAGCUCACACUGAGGCCAGGAGCUGGAGCCAGAGUGAGGCCCUACCUCUUCCUUUUGCCAGAGUGAACGCCGUCACCCCAGGCUCUCCAGCGAGCAUGUCGGGGUUGCAAGUGGACGAUGAGGUAGUUGAGUUUGGCUCUGUGAAUUCACGCAACUUCCAGUCCCUCCAGAAUAUCGCCACCGUUGUGCAGCACAGCGAAGGGAAAGCAUUAAGUGUGACGGUGCUCCGUGGAGGGGAAAGAAUGCACCUGGGGCUCACACCUAAACGCUGGACUGGCAAAGGGCUUUUGGGUUGCAACAUAGUUCCUUUGCAAAGAUGAUUUCCAAGGGCAAAGCUCUCAAGUCUGUUGGAAUUUCAUA